CGGGAGAGAGAGCAUCUUUGGAAGCAGUGCCAGAGGGAACCGGGUGGGCCUGUCGGAGCGUUAGGAUUUGAGCUUGGGCCUUUUGAAUCUAGGAUCUCGAAAUGCAUCGUGAUUCCUGUCCCUUGGACUGUAAGGUUUAUGUAGGUAAUCUUGGAAACAAUGGGAACAAGACUGAAUUAGAACGGGCUUUUGGCUAUUAUGGACCACUCCGAAGUGUGUGGGUUGCUCGAAACCCUCCUGGCUUUGCUUUCGUCGAAUUUGAGGAUCCCCGAGAUGCUGCUGAUGCUGUCCGAGAGCUAGAUGGAAGAACACUAUGUGGCUGCCGUGUAAGAGUGGAACUGUCGAAUGGUGAAAAGAGAAGUCGGAAUCGUGGCCCACCUCCCUCUUGGGGUCGUCGUCCUCGAGAUGAUUACCGCAGGAGGAGUCCUCCACCUCGGCGCAGAUCCCCAAGAAGGAGAAGCUUUUCGCGAAGCCGGAGCAGGUCUCUUUCUAGAGAUAGGAGAAGAGAAAGGUCUCUGUCUCGUGAGAGAAAUCACAAGCCGUCUCGAUCCUUCUCUAGGUCUCGUAGCCGAUCUAGGUCAAAUGAAAGGAAAUAGAAGACCAGUUGGCAAAAGUGGUGUACAGGAAAUAACUUCAUUUGACAGGAGUAUGUACAGGAAAUUAAAGUUUUGUUUGAGACUUCAUAAGCUUGGUGCAUUUUUAAGAUGUUUUAGCUGUUCAAAUUUGUUUUGUCUCUUGGAACAGUGACACACAAAACGAUGUAAUUCUCUAUGGUUUCAAAUGGAUCAUAUGAGGCAUGUGAUAUUAAGAAUUGUUACUUUACAAUGUUCCCUUAAGCGAGAUUGAAUUUUCUUUGAAUUUUAGUUUUUCAUAGACUGAAAUAAACCUAGAUCCUGCCCAGUUUGAAGUGAUGUACUGAUGACGUCAAGCACCUAGCGGAAAUGGACUAAAGCUGUAGUUCCCCUAGUGGCUGAGACACAGUGUGGCACUGUGGGUGAAAUGGUGAGCAGCCUUUAAAGGCUGCUGUGAACACAACCAACAGAUAAAGGGUAGGAACCACACUCUGAAGGUUUUCACAGUGGUUCCUUCCUGGUUGCUGUAUGGGGAUGCAGAGCUGUCUAACAUCUUUAUUUGGAAAUGUAAAACUAAGAUACCAGUGUCCUAUCAGUUUAAGGGUACAUUGUAGAGCUGAACUCAGUUACUGUGCAAGAUUUUUUUUCAUGCUGUCAUUUGUAAUAUGUUUGUGAGAAUCCUUGGGAUUAAAGUUUUGGUUACAAAUUGUUGUUUAACUUGAAAGCCUGUUUUUCCUUGCACACUCAAAAUCUGUGAGCUUGGUAUCAAGUCCAGGUAUAACAUUCCUAUUGGAAACCAUACUUAUAUUUUCUUGUAAAGUGCUUUUGAAUUAAUAAAAUACUAGCAUAAUUGUGUAGUAAGCAGUCAGCUGAGUGAACCCCCAUUGCUCUUAUCCCUGGAAAGCAGUUGGUUACCCAGUUCGUUCUUUGUAAGAAACAACUGAGAGGCACUGCGUUAGCGAAGGAAUUUUCCCCCCUUUGCUUGUCACCUAUGAGAGCCAUGUUUUGGGUGUGGAAGUCAGUUCAGGAUCAUGGCAGUUAGUGACUAACAUUUUAUAAAGCACCAAUCUAUGACACACUGUAAAUCCUUUAAGUUGCCCUUAAAAAGUGGCUUUGAUCUUCAGCAUGAAGUCAUUGACAUUCAACAAAAUUUUAUAAUUCGUUCCAUUUUAUAACUUGAGGUGUUGCAUGGGAUUCCAGAUUGAUCCAUCAUGAUGUAAAAUCCACACUGGUUAAUUGUGAUGAUGCACAGUUGAAUAUGGAGGCAUGUAAACCUUUUCUCUUAGAAAUCUGGAGGAGCUGUGGUUCCAGGGGGUUUUUUGUGUGCAAUUAGAUUAAAUCAUAAUGCAACAGUCUCGUGGCUUAAGUUUCCUUAAAUGUGUUCUUUUGAGAUAGUUUUUGGGAUUCCACUGUACUGACUUUGUCUUUGUAAGAUGCCAUUGCACAAGGUUCAAUCUGUAAGCUUAUAAAUCCCCCAAAAUUUGUUAUCUUUUUACAAUAAAUUUCAGUAAGAAAGGAGAGAAUUGUGUUCAGAAGGUUCCAACAUGAGCCUUUGAAAGAGGUAGCCAUAUUCAAAGAAGAUACUUUAGAUUCCCUGUUAAUUGUUAGGAGUGCGCUUUAUCCUUCAGGGUAGGGUUGGAGUCAAGCCUGUUCCUUGUAAUUGUAGGUCACAUUAGCUACUCUUUUUUUUUUUUUUUUCCGGAGCUGGGGACCAACCCAGGGCCCCACAUUAGCUACUCUUGAUCGUUUUCUGAGUGUCAUACUAAGUUAGGGUGACUGCAGGUGUUUCCUGGAGGUCAUUAUUAGUGACUGAGAAAGGCACCUGAGAUUGGGAUUCUCUUUUCAUUGUGGGUCACCUCAGAGGUACAUACUUUACAGCACGGUGUAGGUGCCCGCCCUUUACCAUCCAGGUUCCUUAAGUGUCAUGGUGGCAUCUCCACCCUGUAUUGGACCAUAGGCACUGACCGAGGCAUGAAGCUGAACAGGAGAUCUUAGUAAUUGUUUUUGACUCUCAGCCUCACUCUGGCAUGUUGCUGCUUAAUUAGAAAUGAAUGGUGUUGCUUAUAGAAGUCUAAGGUGCUGCAUGUAUAGGUGAGAAACGGCCAUAGUCUCCCCAGUCACUGCGUUAGUGCCUUGUCUUAAAUGGGCUUUGCCUUUCUUAGUCCAGAUGGGACUUUGAUACCAGACAAGUCAUCUCUUCCAGUGUAUAUUUUUUGUACUGCCAGACUGUUGCCUUCUGGUUUUCUUUUGGGGGAGGGACAAAAAAGAUUUUUAUUAAAGACACUGACUUUAAGCUGG